AAUCAUAUUCUGUUAGAAAUAAAGUUUGAUUUAGGCUUUUUUGAUUUAGAAUACAGUACUUAUAGAAUCUUUAUUACUGAUUUAUUAUAUAAAACGAGUUAAACAAUGUAAAUUUCCAAAUAUAAACGCUGUCUAGUCAUCGUCUGUCAGAUCUGUAGUAGGAUACUGGGUAUUGCGACUUAGAAGUGUAAAAUUGUAAACAUUGCAAACAAAACCGGUCUUUACGAACAAAAACCGAGGUUUAUAAACCCCUACGGUUUAUAAACCACAGCGUCAUGGCAGAUGGGGAUGGCAGGCGAGAAGACGAUGACAUGGCCGAGGAAAUGAACGGUCGAAUACAGGAUGACAAUGACGCCGAAGAAGGAGGUGGAGUGCCUUACGACUUUGCCAUAGAGGAGGAGGACGUGAUUGAGAUCGUGACGGAUGAUGACAGCGUGGACAACUACGAAAGUGGCGAUGACGACGAAACUGUUGGUGAGGAUGACAAUGCUGAACAAUUUGAUGUUACGCUUCCAUCCAGACACACAUAUUUGGGAGAAACACAGGAAUUGAGAGGACGUACAAUGCAGGAUGAGAACGACUACAUCACAAUACCCUUGUUACAUGAUAACAAUCUCCUGAUGAAUCUAGUCCUAGUGCCUACCCAGACUUUGCCCAUGACUGUCUUUCACCCACUGAAUAUAUCUAUGUUGAGAAAUGUUAUUGCGAAGGAUCGCACAUUCGGAAUUGUACAUACAAAGCACAUUGAAGGUGGUGGGUCGGAAAUGGCUAAAUAUGGAACGACAGCAGAAAUAUAUGAGUAUCAAGAGGAAGAAGGGAGCGGAGCUCUGUCAAUUAAAGCAAAGGGUCGUCAGAGAUUCAAAUUGAUUUCGACCAGGCGAGAAAUGACAGGAUUGGUUGUUGCCCAAGUAAAGAUUUUACCUGAGAUACGAAUGGAGAACCCAUUUGAAAUGAUGCGUCUUCAGUCAUUAGAUAAAAUGCUGUUAUCCCCUCCAGUAGAAGAAGAGGCUGGAAAAGCUCCUCGUGCUGGUUAUUUAGAUGAAGUCCGAACUCCCAAGUUUUGGCACGUCAGAAGGAAAAAUGCAUGGUUGACUCCAUGGCCUUCAUGGGUUUAUAAUCAGUACGACGAUCUUCUCCUGACGCGUAAGGUUAUCAGUGAACUCGAGAAGAGUACCAUGAUCCAACCUCAUUUGCUCAAAGUACCUUGUGAUCCCCAAGAAUUAUCUCAUUGGGCAGCCAUCAACCUUCCUUUACACGAUUCCCACCGAAUGACUCUUCUCAGCCUCAACACACCAACUCAGCGCCUUAGAUACAUACUGUCUGUUCUUAGCAAGUGCAAGAUGCUAAGCUGUAUACAUUGCACUGGAACCAUAGCAAACACGGCCGACAUCUUUUCCAUGUCAGUAGAAGGACCACAAGGAACCUUUGUUAAUCCCCAGGGUUACGUGCACGAAAUGCUGACUUUAACCAAAGCCACCAAUCUUUCUUAUUAUGGUCGCCCUUCAGUAGAAUAUUCGUGGUUCCCAGGAUAUGCGUGGAUAGUGGCUACGUGUGGGCGGUGCCAUAAUCAUAUUGGCUGGAAAUUCACAGCUACAAAACGAAAACUCAAGCCUCAGAAGUUUUAUGGGCUGACUCGGAAGAGUGUGCAAGCUAGAUUAGCCGAAGACGCAGACGAGGGUGAAAUGCGACAUGUGAUAUAAUCUCGUUAAUAUUAAAACUACAGUACAUAUAUAUUAUGUAGAGUCCUUGCUUGAUAGUCAUACAAGAAUUUUAUUUAUUGAGUUUUUUGUAUUUCAUUGUUGAUUUUUAUUAAUUUUAAGGUAAAUGACAUCUUAAUCAUCCAUCACCGUCUGUAUAAAUCAGUGUUGAACGUAUAAUGAUUUCUUUACAGAGACAAUUUACAUUAUGGAUAUCAGUUUUGUAUUUACAACUUCACCUCUGGUUACCUAUUCUCCUCUGAUAAAGGACUGCGCUUCUGUUAUUUUAUGAUGGGACUACUGCUCUAAAACUAGUGCCUGUUUGAAGUGAAAAAUUCUUGUGAUACUGUACUUUGUUCUGUGUCAAUCAGUUUCAGAUAGCAUUUGUAAUAUUCUGUAUACAGUACUCCAUAGGGUAAUGACUCCCUGUUAAAAAAAGUAGAGUAUGUUAAGAAUUUUAUUAGAUGCCUAAAACAAAGAAAAGUGUAUUUUUUGUAAUGGCUUUAAUUAUAAGCAUAAAUGGGUAAUAGUAACAUACUGUAAAUGGUUGCAGUUAUGGCUGUGUACCUGCACAAUAGAAGGUAGAGGGGCUGGUGUAUGCAGGCAGAAGUAGAUAGAUGGAUGUCCACAGUAGAACUUGAAUGUGCUGGUGCUUCUGAUUAUUUAUAUGUAAUGAGUAUGGUUUUAAUUUAGCAACUUGCAUUUUUGAACAAAGUUGUUUUAAAUGGCGACUAUUGUUCAGGUAUGUUUUCAGGAACUUAGUUUUAAUUUAAUGUUUAAAACAAAUUGUGACAAGUAUUCAUUUAUUUCUGCUGCUCAGAACAGUUUAUGUGCUGUGUUCCUCUUCUUACCGUUUAUGAGAAUGUGGAAACUACAAACAAAGGCUAAGAUAUAACUUAUUUUAUCACAUAUUAUCAGGUAGAAGGGUUUCUUAAAUUAUUAUCAGGUAGAAGGGUUUCUUAAAUUUUGCAUAAGUUGUGUUAUUCUUGUCUACCAUGAGGUACCCUGUGUAAUGGUUGUAUAUUAUUGACCUUCGUUCUUUUACUUUGUAUCAGUUUCUUUCAUAUUUGUGCUUUAUUUUCCUGCCAUAUACAUAUAUGUACUAUACAUUUAGGAAGAUCUAUUGAUCAAUACUAAUCGGGUCUAUGGAUGUUCUAAUUUUGGGAAAAUCAGGAUAAAGGACAGUAAGCAGUACAAGCAUAACCUUUGUAGGAAAACCAACUAAAUUUCGGUACUGAAUGUUAUAAACAUUGAGAAAUAAAAAUCUAUUACUCAUGUGUA